AGAAGCGUUACCUCGAUUCAAGAUGGUGUUCUGUGCCAACUGUGGGCAGUCUCUGCCAGAUGCCUCUAAAUUCUGCUCCUCUUGCGGCAAACCUGUGCAAGUGGCUACGGGCAAGCCUUCUGCGCCUCCUUCGUAUGAGAUGACGCAGAAGUUGCAAAAGCCGCAGCAGCAGCAGCAACCAAGCUGUCCACCCGGAACCUUCAAAGUUCAACUUCCUUACAACGCGCGUCCUGGACAAGUCAUGAGUGUCACUGUCCCUCAAGGGUACCCCCAGGCUGGUCAAGUUUCACAGUUUCAAGUCCCCCCUGGAGCUAAGCCAGGUGGCUUCGUUUUCGCUCCCCUGCCUCAACCAGGUCAGCAGUAUCAACAGUAUGCUCCUGGUCAGCAGUAUGCUCCUGGUCCAACCUACUAUGGCCGCCCAGCCAACUCAGGGGGAGGCAGUACCGCACUCGCUGCUGGAGCAGGAGCUCUCGGAGGCCUUCUGCUAGCGGAUGCUCUAUUUGAUUUCUAAUGGUAAACAGAGCUCUGGGUUUGGAGCUAAAUGUUCCUUGGACAUGUGAACGUGAGAGUGUAGGAACUUCAUGGUGGUGAGGAUUUGAAACAGGGUAUCCUCAUGAUGAGAAGCAUUGUCAGGAGUUGUCAGUUUUGAUGAUUGCAACCCAUUUGUGCCCUUUAAGAUUAAUAAAAAUGUACAUUCUGUUUGACUUAUCUCAGCGAGAACCUGUCCUCACCCUCUUCUUCUUUGGAAGGGAACAGGAGAUCGAAAAGCUUCUUGGAGCUCGAGACUAGCGCGCUGCUCGGCUUGGCUUUCCCUUCUCUCCUUUGCACGUGUCUCGUCGUCGAAAGAAACUCUGUGAGGUCUUGAUUCGUGGCGAUCGUCUCUCGUUGUCGUCUCUCCGAGCAGAGCAAGUGCAAGCAUCCCACGACGUUGACCUUGGUGGUGUCAUCUGUAUCGAAAAGCACCGAGACCAGCUCGGUGUGAGCCCCUUCAUCAAAGACCUUUUUGGCAUUCUCUCGAAUCAGGCUGAGUUUUCGCAGCAGAAUGGCGGCCAUGGAUUUCACGUGCCUGUUAUUCGAUCUUAACAGAAGGACAACGUGCUUGAGGAAGCCGCCGGUUUCUUCCGAUGCUAGCUUUUCUUUGAUCGAGUCCACUCCAGCCAGCAUCCA